CCUAGGGUUUAGGCUUCAUGGAGAUCGAGACAUCCGCCGCCCCCGCCGCCGCCCUGGCCGGCGACGAGCUGCGGCGGCUCCUCGCCGCCACCCUCAGCCCCGACAAGGCGUCGGUGGACGCCGCCGCCGCGGGGCUCGACAGGGCCGCUGCGGACCCGCGCUUCCCCCUCGCAAUCCUCGCCGUCGCCGCAGGGGAUGGUGAUCAAGGGGUAAGAGUUGCUGCUGCAACAUACUUGAAGAAUUUCACCCGGCGCAAUAUGGAAGGCAGCCUAUCUUCAUCUCAGCUUUACAAGGAGUUUCGCGACCAACUUGCCCAGACUUUGCUCCAAGUGGAACCUGCAAUUCUUCGAGUGCUGAUUGAAGCUUUCCGCCAAGUUGUUGAAAAAGAUUUUGUCAAGGAUAACUUGUGGCCUGAGCUUAUCCCUCAGCUGAAACUAGUGAUCCAGAGUAGUAAUCUUAUUAGUCCAGGCCAGCAUCCUGAGUGGAAUACCAUUAAUGCUCUCAAAGUACUUCAAUCUGUUGUUAGGCCCUUCCAGUAUUUCUUGAAUCCAAAAGUUGCAAAAGAGCCUGUUCCACAACAAUUGGAGCAAAUUGCAGCUGAGAUUCUUGUACCAUUGCAAUUGACAUUCCAUCAUUUUGCUGACAAGGUUCUGUUGUCACCCGAUGCAAAUAAAUUGGAAUAUGAGCAGCUCUUACUCAUCACAUGCAAAUGCAUGUAUUUCACUGUGAGGUCAUACAUGCCAUCUAGGGUGAAGCAAAUUUUGCCUUCCUUUUGCAAAGACAUGUACCGUAUACUAGAUUCUUUGGACUUUAAUAGUCUUCCUGAAGAUGGAGCUAUGAUGAGGCUCAAGAUUGCAAAGAGAUGCCUCGUUAUAUUUUGCGCACUUGUUACUCGUCACCGGAAGCAUGCAGAUGACCAGAUGCCACAUAUUGUCAACUGCGCAAUCAAAAUAUCAAAACAAAGCAUUAAUUUAAGUGGACUCGACUCUCUCCCCAACCGGAUUUUUUCAUUAGCAUUUGAUGUGAUUUCUCGAGUUUUGGAAACAGGACCAGGGUGGCGACUUGUUUCACCACAUUUUUCUUCACUUCUGGAUUCAGCAAUUUUUCCAGCAUUAGCAUUGAAUGAGAAGGAUAUAGCAGAGUGGGAGGAAGAUACUGAUGAGUAUGUGCAAAAGAAUCUUCCCUCUGAACUUGAUGAAAUUUCAGGGUGGACUGAGGAUUUAUUCACUGCAAGGAAAAGUGCAAUCAAUUUACUUGGUGUUAUAGCGCUGUCAAAGGGUCCACCAGUUGCAUCUGCAGCAUCCAAGCGCAAGAAAGGUGAUAAAAGUAAAGGAAAAUCAGAAAGGAGCUCCAUUGGGGAGUUAUUGGUCAUCCCAUUCCUGUCAAAAUUUCAUAUACCUUCCCAUGGCGAAGAUGCAUCAUCAAGGGCCGUGCGGAAUUAUUUUGGUGUUUUAAUGGCAUAUGGAGGCCUCCAAGAUUUUCUGACUGAGAAGAAAGAGCUGACAGUUACAUUGAUCAGGAAUCGGAUUCUUCCAUUGUAUUCAAUGGAUCCAUGCAGCCCAUAUUUAAUUUCAACAGCUAAUUGGGUUAUUGGACAGCUUGCGAUAUGCCUACCAGAGGCAAUGAACACUAGUAUUUAUCAUUCCUUAAUGAAGGCAUUGACCAUGGAGGACAUGGAGGACAUAACAUGCUAUCCAGUUUGUGCCUCUGCUUCUGGUGCCAUUGCAGAACUAAUCGAGAACAGUUAUGCUCCACCUGACUGGCUCAUUCUUUUGCAAACGGUUGUGAAAAGAAUAAGUACUGGAGAUGAAAACGAGUCUGCUCUUUUGUUUAAACUUCUGGGCACUAUAGUUGAGGGUGGACAAGAAAAAGUUCUGCCUCAUAUUCCUGAAAUUGUGUCUAAUAUUGCCAAUACUGUAAUGAAGCUUCUGCCCCCUGUUCCAGAUCCCUGGCCUCAGGUUGUUGAACAGGGUUUUACCUCACUGGUAGCAAUGGCUCAAGCUUGGGAGAGCUCUGCGCCAGAUGAAAACAGGAAACAUGAAAAGAGGGUCUGGCAGUCAGGCCAGUCUUCUAUUGCUCAAACAUUUUCGUUACUGCUACAAAGAGCUUGGUUGUUGCCAGUUGAGCAUACGGAGAACUCUUGUUCGUCAUUGCCACCUCCAUCAUGUGUAAAUGAUGCCUCUGUAUUACUUGAGUUUGUCAUGAGGUCUGUGACUUGCAUGGAAGAAACUGCAAGGAUGAAGGUCUUUGAGCUAGUACCUAUAUGGGCUGACACUAUUGCUAACUGGGACUCCUGGGAGGAGAUGGAGGAUCAGGAAGUUUUCAACACAAUUAAGGAAGCCAUCAAUUUCCACCAAAGAUUUGACCUCACCGGUUCCUUCCUGAAAAUGCUUCCUUCGCUGUCUGAAAAUGGUUCACAAAGUUCAGUCAUUGGCCGGGUGUCUAAUUUUGUGACCAGGGCGAUUGCAGCCUACCCAUCUGCUACAUGGAGGGCAUGCUCAUGCAUCCAUACACUAUUGCACGCUCCAAACUUCUCCCUUGGAACUGAAGAUGCUAGAAAGGCUAUUGCUGUAUCCUUUGCGCAAGCAGCAUUUUCCCGUUUCAAGUCUAUAUCUGACAGUCCUGCGGGGAUAUGGAAACCACUAUUGUUGGCAAUUUCAUCAUGCUACAUUUGCUAUCCAGAUGCCAUUGAACAAGUCUUAAACAACUAUGAUGGUAAUGGCUAUACGAUUUGGGCAUCUGCAUUGGCACAAGCAUCAAGCAGCUCAUUCAGUCCUGGCCUGUCAUCUGAAUCCGAGAUCAAAUUAGCUGUGCUAACACUAUCAAUGGUGAUUGAGCGUCUCUUGGUCCUUUCCAUGGGUGGCACCAAAGUGUUGCAAGACUGCUAUGUAUCAUUGAUGGAUUCUUGCAUUCAGCUUAAGGAACUUCAGGAGGAUGGGGAUAAUGACGACGAUGAUGAUGGCGCUGAAGAUCUUGAUGAUGAUGAAGAGGAGGAAGACACUGAAGAUGACGAUGAGGAUUCGGAGGAUGAUGAUGUGCGAGAAGAGACGGAAGAGGAAUUCCUUGAAAGAUAUGCACUGGCGGCUGCAGGUGAGUCGAUCGAGGUUGUCGAGGAAGGAGAUCUGGAUGAGGAAACACAAGACAUUGAAUUGGGUUCUCUGGAUGAAGUGGACAUACAACAAGUGGUCCUUUCUCUGAUGCAGAAGCAACCUGCACUGCAGGCCCAAACGUUGCCAGAUGGUCUAAUUGAGAGAAUUGCAGAGACGUUUCCUGAGUACAAACAUCUGUGCCAAGCUCGUCGACAAGCUUAGAGGAUAGGAUACAUGUGCAGGUUUCAUUGUUUUGUAGGUUUCUUUUUUAUUUUUCUUUAGAUUUUAUUUUUGACCCCUUCGGGUGUUGUUCCUAUGUGAGUGUGACAUUGCUCUUGUUAUUUUUAUCUGUGGAAUUGUGAAUGAAAAUGUUAAUGAGAUAAGCACUUAAAUUCGAAGCCUA